AUGUAUAGAGUCUACGCGUCACCGCAGCGACUUCUUUGCGGAUGUAACUUGACGCUUUUGCGUCGCUUUAAUCUGUCGCUGCUCGCCCCCUUGCGGCUUUUCAUGAUGGUUGUGUACUUUACCGCGCUUGUAUGCGCGGCGGACGGAAGCGAUGCGAUGAUACGCGACGGUUCAUUGGCUCGCGGCUACACAGAUAGCGACUACAGAUUUCUUCGCCGCACAACGGAUGGUUGCCUUGCCGGAAGCUUUAUUUGUCUCUUUUUCAACUGUUGGGGUGUGGUGACGGCUCGUACACUGCGUUCGGGGUUGAUGAACAUUAUACAUAGCUGCUGUCACGCUACCGCAGCUGUGCUAUUGAUCACCGCGUGGCACCAGGGAGCGGGAGCCGAGCAUAUCUGGCACAUCUUCUACAUCUUCGGCAUCAUUCCAACAGGGUUAGAGGUUGCCGCCUUGGUUGAAUCCUACUGCCGCGGCAUGGACAACUUCUUCUAG